GAGAGAGAACGUGAGCUUGUAUGCGUACUUAAAAGAGAUAAAUAGUGUGAGAGUCUGUGUGUGUUUGUGCGCGAGAAAAAGAGCUGCAAUGUAAAAAAAAAAAAAAAAGAUGCACGGAUCGAGCGCGUGAAAGAAAGAAAAAGAGACCGAGAGAUACCGAGAGUGUGUGUAUGAGGGAAACGUGUGUGUGCGCGGAAAAGAGAUCCCGAGAGAGGGAGUGCGUGUGCACUGACUGAGUGAGUGAGAGAGAGAGAAAUAGAGAUAGAGAGGGGGAAUAAGUCAGCUCGCGCGGGCGCGCGCGCGCUACACAGAGAAAGAGAAACAUUGGCGUGCUAUGGCGCUCGGAAUGCGCGAGCUCCGCGUUGUCGGCACCGCGCUCGCGCCAGGUUCUUCACGAGCACGACCGCGGAAAGCGUUCAAACCGGAAAUAAGCGACAGCCGCCGGUGAGACACUGGAGAAAAAAAAAAACAACAAAAAAAUAUACAAAGGGAAACGGUGGAGUUCCGGAGAAGGAAAACAGAGACAAGGGGAGGAAACUGGAUAUAAAGUUGCCGUGACUGUUUAAAGAAACCAGGACCGAGCUAAACCGAGCGUCCCCGUCCUUAUCACUGGACUUUCCUCUGAUUUAUUUUGCUUUAUUUUUUAAUAAUAUUAUCACUUAAAGGCGCAAACAUGCCCGCAAAAACGAAGUAUAAUCUAGUAGACGACGGACACGACCUGAGAAUUCCUCUACACAACGAGGAGGCUUUCCAACACGGCAUUAAUUUCGAGGCGAAGUAUAUUGGAAGUCUGGAUGUCGCUCGACCCAACAGCCGUGUGGAAAUAGUAGCUGCCAUGAGAAGGAUUCGGUAUGAGUUUAAAGUGAAGAACAUCAAGAAGAAGAAAGUCAACAUCAUGGUCUCUGUGGAUGGAGUGAAGGUUGUGCUGCGUAAAAAGAAAAAGGUGAAAAAAGAAUGGAUGUGGGAUGAGAGCAAGAUGAUGGUGAUGCAGGACCCCAUUUACAGGAUCUUCUACGUGUCACACGAUUCACAGGAUCUUAAAAUCUUCAGUUAUAUAGCCAGAGACGGGCAGAGCAACGUGUUCAGAUGCAACGUCUUCAAAUCCAAAAAGAAGAGCCAGGCCAUGCGCAUCGUGCGGACAGUGGGUCAAGCGUUCGAGGUGUGUCACAAACUCAGCCUGCAGCACACACAGCAAAACGCAGACGGCCAAGAGGACGCUGACAGCCCCAAGACCUGCACAGACUCCGGCUUACAAGAUCGGGAGUUGACUGGGGCUGAGAAGACGCUGGCUGAGGAGACGGACAUCGACGCAGAGGAGUUGCCGCUCCCUGACAGCACAGUGGACGAGUUCAGCCGGGGCGUCACUGACCUGGACGCUGCCAAUGAAGACGAUGAUGGACUAAAGGACAAUAAGGUGUGUGAAGACGCCUCUAUCCUGCUGGCUUCGCCAAAGAUGCUGCUUCCAUCGUGCAGCGAGUUGGCAGCCAACACGCCGCUCUCCAUGCAUCACCAGCUCCAGCUUCUUCAGCAGCAGCUCAGCCAACAGCAGCAGCAGACUCAAGUGGCUGUAGCUCAGGUUCACCUGUUGAAGGAUCAGCUCUCAGCAGAAGCAGCAGCCAGGAUAGAAGCUCAGGCUCGGGUGCACCAGCUGCUGCUGCAGAAUAAAGACCUUCUGCAACAUAUCUCACUGCUGGUCAAGCAGAUCCAGGAGUUAGAGCUCAAACUGACUGGCAAUGGCUCAAUGGGAUCUCAGGACAGUCUACUGGAGAUCACUUUCCGUGCCAACGUACCCCCGGUCAUCUGCGAUGCCACGACACCGCGUCCCGAAGACAUGCUCCUGCCCCCACUCAACGACGGCACGCAACUCGCUCUGCCCCUGAGCAGUCCUUUAGGUAGGGAUCAAAGUCUGGUUAAGUUUGAGUGUUUCCGUUUUCUCCCUGGACCGCCCCAGCAGGAGCAGAGCCCCACCAUCUCCGAGGAGACAUCGCCCUUUUCCCGGGACGAGCUGCUGGGGAGCUUGGAGCUGCUCAAGUUCCGCGAGUCAGGCAUCGCUUCAGAAUACGAGUCCAACACGGACGAGAGUGACGAGCGGGACAGCUGGGGGCUGCAAGACGACAGCAGCCUGCGUCUGCUCAACGUGCUGAACCGGCACGCCCCCUCUGACUGCCUGGACGAUGAAAUCGCUGUUUAGGCUGAGGGAUGUGCUAAUGGAUAAAGCUAAGUGCGCUAACUGCUCAUCUGUGUCAAACUGCUAUACUCACAGCUGAUUCUCAGAGACUGAAUUAGGUGGGGGGUUUUGUCUCAUGUUAUGUGUCCCAAGGCCUUUAUCAGUUGCUCGGCACGAGGUAAAAGGGAAGAUUUGGAAAAAAUAGUACUUGGAGUCACGGUUCAUUUCUAGUUGGUUUUGCAUAAUGUGACAACCUAUACACAAAAUACCAUAGUAUAAAAUGUACCUUGUAAAUAAUAGAAAGGAGGAGAAAAUGAGAGGAGAGAAAUAUACUGGUUUGUUAAUGUCA